AGCAGUUCAUUUACCGAAAGGUGUGGGAAGAGGAGUACAACUCCACCGCCAUCAGCAGCGACAACAGCAGUCACUGUGUGCGGAACAAGAGCAGCCCAACUUAUGUCAUGCAGAAGUAUCUAACAUGGGGAUGGCAAUAAGAAUAUAUUUACAGAAGAAGUUCAGCAAAGUCAUCCUUGAUAACAGCUACUGAAGCUUGGAUUGGGUUAAGUGGAAUCUGACUCUGCAUGGUAAAGUGAGAGAAGUAGAUGCCUGGACUGUAAAUUGUGCAGAAAAUGGGGUUAAGUUACACAGAAAAUAGAGUGAAUGGAAGCUAACUGUUGGUAUUCCUUGAUGCUGCAGUAAAACAGGUGGCACUUGAAGAUUUUGGUCACAUCCAAGGUUGGAAUGUGUGACAACCUGCUUAUGUGAAGAACUGAACAUUGGAGCGUAUCAACCUCAUUUGUCAGAUAUAAAAUAAAAUCUUUAAUGUCUUGUGCUUCUGUUGAAAAUAAGAAAUGUUCAGAAUUUUUAGCAUGAAGUAGGUUCUUCUUCUUCAUAGGGCAGGAGAAGGAAGAAUUUGAGGAUAAAGAGGUAAAUAGAAUUCUAGUCCAGAAUGCCCAGACAACAGCCCAGACAGCAAAGGAAGGUAAUAUAUGCCAUCCAUUGGAACUGAUCUGGAGACCAUAACCAAUUAUUGUUACAAAUAUGCUUGUGUGUUCCUCCCCCAAAGGCUUUUUUUUUUAUUAUUAGCUCCUUGUUUGUAACUGUGGGCAUUUUAUUGUACAGUGUCAUGUGUCAAUGGAAAAGACAGCUAUUAGAAUUAGAUGUGGUGCUUGGUAGUUCCAAUUGCAGAGUCCAUCAGAAAACCUACCAACAUUUCUGUACUUUGCAUUUGCUAGAAGCUUCCCAAAUACAACUCAAGCUUCCAAUUGUGACCACAUACACUCCAAGAUUUAACACGUGAUGUAUCUUCUGGCAAAAGACUGAAGCAGAGUGCUGAAAUUUACACAGCAGCACUGAUUGAGCUGACAGUGGAUUUGCAAGCUACAGGAUUUUUGGCAUAAAGGAAGCCAGCUGUGUUUCCUACAUACAGAAGUUUUGAUAUUUGAGAGUAGGAGUCCUUCAAGACGUUAUCUGAGUCAUGGCCAGUAGAACUUGUUUCCCUUUCUUGACAAAGUUCCAUUCCCUCCAUUUCGAUGGUAGCCCACAGGCCAUGAAUUAUUGGACAGUCAUGCUGUAGUCUGUCUGUCUAGCCCGUAUUUUUGUACCAUGCUCGUUCCCAUCGUAUACUGAUGUAGAACUCAAAAUCACCUAUAAAUUUCAGCGGUGUCUGUGCUGAGCUGUAGCCCUGUGUAUGACGAAAAGAGUAGAUCCAGUAAUACAGUCCCAGGCCCUUUCCUGAUGAUAGAAGUAGGUGUUUGGGAUUUUCCAAGGUCACUGUGAGUUAUAUACGUAGGUACAGUAAAUUCUACUGUAAGGGGUGCUUGGUGUCAACUUUUAGAGGAAAACCUCUUCUACAGAUUGAGUUAGUGUUAAGUCCUUCGGUUCUGGGGAUGGAGAAGCUUCUUACUGAUCUCAUUUAUUUCAAAUUGAAAUGUAAGAAGAAACUAAAAGAAGAUAAAAUCACUUGAGGUCUACAAAAAAAAGUAGACUGUCAUUCAAAAUGGAUAGUCUAGGCAGCAUGUGGAUUAAUUAUUUCCUUGGAUUUGCAUUUAUUAUAGCAAUUUUGCGAUAAAUAAAAAUGAAUUUCAAAGUAACUCAAAUACAGGGAACAUUCUGAUCCCUGGUUUGAAUAAUCGUUUUUGUAGCUCAGGAGGAGCUAUGUUAUUAAUUAAACACUGCUUAUCGUUCAGGGCACAUGCAUUUUCCUUUUGUCAGUAAUAUUUGUAAUUUUGUGAGCCUGUUUGUCGUAUGCUCUACGUUGUAGCCUCAGGCAAAAGACUUCCCUCUUAAUUUGAUCCGUAUGCAUGUGAAUCAUUUCUUCGCUGUCACUCUUUCCAUUUUGUAAUCUGUGUUUUUGGGCAUUACUUCUGUCCAGCAUAAGCAUUUGUCUCAGAGUAGAGCAAAUUCACAGAUUAGAAAGCUAGACCUUUGUUUUUGAGUGUGUGUAGUUACAUGGUGAGUGAGUCUUUGUAGCUAUAUGAUUACAAAGCAGCUGAGGGUUUGACCAGUUGUUUUCUGUAUCGGUUUCUGAUGAGUUUAUAACAACACAAAGGGGGACUUUCACUCUAAUUGAGUUUUUCUGUACUUCUUCAGUUGUGUGGUCAGUAGGCAGCAGGCCAUUUGUGGCAGUAGGGUUACAGUCAUUUGGGGUGUCAUAGAAUCAUAGAAUGGCCCAGCUUGGAAGGGACCUCAAGGAUCAUGAAGCUCCAACCUCCCUGCCACAUGCAGGGCCACCAACCUCCCCAUUUAAUAACAGACCAGGCUGCCCAGGGCCCCAUCCAACCUGGCCUUGAACACCUCCAGGCAUGGGGCAUCCACAGCCUCUCUGGGCAGCCUGUUCCAGCACCUCACCACUCUCUCUCUAAAGAGCUUCCCCCUGACAUCCAACCUAAAUCUUCCCUUCUUCAACUUAAAACUCUUGUCCUGCUGUUAUCUACCCUUUCAAAGAAUUGACUCCCCUCCUGUUUUUGGGCUCCCUUUAGGUACUGGAAGGGAAUCUGAAUUUAUAGCCACAUUCCUUAUGUUGUACACCUGCUUCCAAAACAAUGAGACCCAAACCUUUGCUGGUUUCUUCCAAGUUCAUAUAUCUGUGUAUUUCAGCAGUAACGUCUGCAUUGCAUGUUUAAUGCAGACUGAGAACAUAAAUAGUAAUAAUAUUUAGUUUGAUUUCCAGUGUAUUACCUAUGUACUUUUCUACGGUGGUCAUUGACUUAGAACCUGACACUUGUGAAGAAGCAACGCCUGCAGCAGGCGCUGUAAAUGGCACAAAUAGCACAGCCUGUUGCAGAAAGGUGUUUUCAUGCUCUAUAAAUGCAGCCACUCCCUGCCCUGGAGUUAUUUGUGCUUUAUUUGCUGUGCUUUGUUUGCUGUGCCUGUUUGUCUGUGGGCUGAGUUGCUUCCUUUCCUAUUGGCACUGUCGUUUCAGACCAAAUAAUUUCCCAUCCCUUGCCAGUCUUGCUGCCAUUCUCCUCUCACAUUAAGUCCUUUCCUACAGCUUUAUGCUCCAGGUUGCCUGGCUUCCUGCUACACUGCCAUACCCAUAGACAGGGCUGCUGCCCUGCUCUGUCUGAUGCCUCAGGGAUCUGAUUUCAGAGUUACGCUCUAUGUUUGAAAGUCUAUUUUGUGAGAUGAUCCUGUAGGAAGGGUUUGUGUGAAUGCAGUUACCACCUUCUCUGCUGCUGCUCUUUUAUCUGGACAGGUUGUUCUCUUUGAAAGGGCUGCUGGGACUGCUGUUUCUUCAGUCUGCAUAAAUCUAUUAAAAGCCAGAUCCAAAUCAGCUUGCUGCACACCAUCGCUUAGCAGCCAGCUUCAUUAAUGUGCAAAAUAUUUUUUCCUAUUAGCUCUUGAGUUCUUUUCUUUACAAACAUUGAUAUUCUAUUAACUAUAAACUGUAUUUGAUUUUUAAACUUCUUUCUAAAAGAACCAAGACAUUUUUUCCUAUGAUGUUUGUUUACAGCGUUAGCUACUGUUCCUUAUGAGAGUACCUGCUGUGGCUUAUCAACAGAGGUAUCACUGAUUUGGACAGUUUCUGAACCCAGAACUUGCCAGUAAGGAGUUAGUUCACAUUCUAUACACAUGAGUCAAUAUAAUUUUUAACACUGUUUCACAUCUGUGUGCUGUUGCUACUCAUAACACGGCACAUUGGGAUGUCAGCAGCAAACGCUGCCCUAUUCACUUGCAGAAUGUGCUGGUCAGUGAAUUGCUUCUUUGUGACCCUCCCACCAGGAUUAUUUAGGGAGAAAAAAGAGAUCUCCUGUGAGUAGAGAGCCUGGGCUGUGCUUCUCAAUCAAAGAUUGUUCUACUAAUGAUUUCUGAAGGAUUAAAAUGGGCCCAGUAUCCUUUGGCAGUGCUCUGUAUUGAAGGAGGUGCCUACAGUAAGAACACCAGCUCUUGUAAAUGAACGUAGCAAAGAAUUGUUGUUUUGUCUUCAUUGAAACUGCUGUGUCAAGAGUACUUGUGAGAGCAUAUCUUAAGAAACAAGUUCUGGUUCUGGGGUCUAAUGCAACAAGGGAUGUUUGAGAGGUACUGGAAACAAAAUUACAAAGGCAUGUCUUUAAAAAAUGCAAUUCCUUUGUAUUAUUAUCUGGUAUAAUGUAUAUAUUAUGAUAUAUACUACUAUGCUGUAUUUGAUUACAGCUUAAUACAGUAUUAUAUGAGAUCAUAUAAUCUUGGAAGAUGAUACUGUAUAUUUUACAAUAACAUAUUUUAUAAUAUGUAAACAAAUACUGUUUUAUGGUAAAUGUUAUGCUGCAUGCUUAUUAUGGCAUAAGUAUAUAAAGUACGUGAUUAUAUAUCAUAUAUAUACCUACAUAUAUAUGUAUAUAUAUAUAUAUAUAUAUAUUUUAUUUUUUUUACAGUACAUUAUGGUGUUUACCAUUAUUUCUGAUUUUCUCUUUGCAGGGAGUUCAAGAAAAGACUUCUCUUUUUAACAUGCAGCUGGACUUAACAGGGGCAGUUCCCAGCCUGAUAGUUGCUUUUAUCAUUGUAGCUAAUGGGGAUCACCAGGGACGAAAAAAGUCUUUGGUUUUACCAUCAACUGGAGCUUUGAUUGCAGAUAUUUUCCUCACUGUAAUAUCGUACUUCUCCUUGCCAAUCUCUGUCCUGUUUUUUGUUACAUUUAUUUCGGGACUGUUUGGGAGUAUGGCAACUUUCCUUGGAGGAGGCUUUGCUUAUAUAGCAGAUCAGUGUCAUGAUGAGAAACAGAAAACAAAACGAAUAGCUGUGGUUGAUUUAAUUUUUGGAGUUGUAUCUGGAUUGGCAGGAUUGUCUUCUGGGUACUUUUUAAGAGAAAUGGGCUUUACAUGGACAUUUGUGACAGCAUCUUUACUUCAUGUUGUUAACAUUGUCUAUAUUAUUUUUUUUCUGGAAGACACAGUGCACGUAUCUGAAUUGCAGCAACAGGCACCAUUGUCUUAUAAAGAAUAUCUAAAAGAAACAUUUUCUGGAGUGUACAUGCUUUUUAAAACUGCCCCUUCUAAAAAGAGAAUUUUAAUCAUUGUGUUACUUUUUAUAUUUAUGACUUAUUUAUUUACUAUGUAUGGGGGGGGUUCCCUUUUUACAUUGUAUGAACUGGACGAGCCACUGUGCUGGACUGAAGUGUACAUUGGAUACGGAGCAGCUGCAUUCACUUCUGUCUCUGUGACCAGUUUUUUGGGAGUUUACUUAUUUUCUAAAUGUCUCAAAGACAUUUACAUUGUCUUUAUCGGGAUAUUUUCUUACAUUGGAGGAAUUGUCAUGGCUGCCUUUGCCAAAACAACCCUGCUCAUGUUUUUAGUAAGAUUGCCAUCUUUAUUCUGCAUUAUGCCUAUUCCUGUUCUCCGAUCCAUGCUGUCAAAAGUGGUUCUCCCCAGUGAGCAGGGUGCUGUGUUUGCUUGUAUUGCCUGUUUAGAAAUUUUGACUGGCACUAUUUCACUUGCAGUCUUUAAUGUUAUCUAUGCAGCUACAGUUGCAUGGUUUUCAGGCUUUAGCUUCCUCUUGUCAGCCAUCCUGUGUCUAAUUCCACUGGGCGUACUGUGCUGGCUUCUGUGCACAAGCUGGAAUGAGGAGGACUUGGCUCUGCUUGUACCUGAAGAAGUAUCCAGCAUAGACAGCGUUGAUAGUUGAACAGAGGAGUCACCAACUAUUUGGCUUUUCUAAUCUGACGUGCUGAGGCAAAGGCCAUUGUGUCAUACUGACACCAUAGAGAUAACUCAUGAGUUGCAGAUGAAAUCUAAAACUGGCUGCACUAAGCACUCAAUUGAUAGCACUUUACAUCCAGUCUUUUUUUAGCACUUGAAUGAACCUAUCUCCUGUACUUAACUAUGCAGAUAGGCCAACAAUGGAGAUUUUAAUGCUGCUUUCAGCAUGGAGAAAAAAAGUAAGGUAGGCUGAUUGUCUUUUGCCACUUACCCCAUUUCAAAUUUGAAAAUAUAAGCUGUGGAUUAUGAUACAUCUUGUGUCAGUCUAAGUGGGGGUACAGAGAUAAGCUCAUCAGCCCCUUAGCCAGAGGAUGUUGGCAAUUCUGC